AACUAGUUCAAAAGUUAUCCAGUCCAGUUACCACUUUGCGAGGUAUGCUAAAUGUAAGAUAGUUCAUUCGAAAGCUACACGCCAUUUUGAUCGCAGCGAUACUUUUGGUUCCUUCCAAAAAAAAAUCUAGGCCUAUUUAAAGUUAAACAGGUAACGAAAUAUGGCGGCAACAGAAUCUGUCAGCUCAGCUGCAAACACGGGAGAAAUUGAUAUUUUCCAUCAAUUCCUCGAAUAUAAGGGAGUAACCCUUAUUGCGAUGCAAAAGCCAGAAAUAUUGGAGGCUUUGCAGGACUGGGAGACGAAACCUGACGAUGUGUAUCUUGUUACCUAUCCGAAAUCGGGGACACAUUGGAUCUUCGAGAUCGUCUCCCUCAUCAAGAACGAUGUCGAGAUCGAAAAGAUCGACCGGAGACGUAUGGUGUACGCCCUGGAUCUCGCUCUCUCCCACAGCGCCGAGGGUCUCGCAACCAUAACGCCUGGCCACGAGAUGAUGGCCAAGUGGGAAUCCCCUCGUGUCAUGAGCUCGCACAUCCUUGAAGAGUUUGCGCCAGAACAGAUCAAGAAAUCAUCGAAGGUUAUUUACUUUUCCAGAAACCCCAAGGACGUGUUUGUUUCAUAUUUCAAGUUUGUUGGUCCUACUCUCCCUGCCGAGAUGGAAGGCAUGAAGGGGUUUCUCCCAUUUUUUCUUUCAGAGAAAAUGUUCGGGGGAAGUUGGUUCCGUCAUGUUAAAGGCUGGUUUGCACGGAAAGAUGACCCCAACGUCCUUAUAUGUAAAUACGAAGACUUCCACAAGGAUUUGAGAGGCAGCAUCAAGCGAGUUGCAGAUUUCCUCGAGCGCCCUCUAUCGGAGGAGAAACUCGAUAAACUCGUUGAGCUAACUGAAUUGAAGGGCAUGCAGAAAACGUAUCAACAAAUCGAAGAGAAUAUGGGGGAAGAAGGCAAGUCGGUCACACGGCUGUUUGGGCAACUGCCCUACUUACGAAAAGGGAAAGUGGGCAAUUGGAAAGAGAAUCUCACCGUGGCUCAAAACGAAUAUUUUGAUCAGGUCUACAAACAAGCGAUGGACGGGACAGAUAUUGAAUUCGAAUUCGAGUUGUAAAAGCAUAAAUAUGCAUUUGCUAUUUGGCGCGCUUUUAUUUGAUCUGUACACUGUUGCCGGUCAUUCUUGUUCUCAUACAUCGCUUUCAGCAGUCCAGUACUUCGCUGGUCCAGACCAGGCCGGGGCUUAGUCGUAAAUAUUUUAGUUUAAGAAUGGCGCGGAUAGCUCGCUCCAUACCCUGGGAUAUUUUUGAUGCUGCUUUCAGCAUCAGACCAGCUAUCUUGAAAGUAUAAUCAGUCAGUCCGCAAGCCCUGAAAAAGUAGCUUCUUUUAUCCAAGUGAUAUUCAUGACUAGAGGGUUUUUGCAUAGUUAAUGAGCUUGGUGCCAACCAAAACACCUCUUUUUAUUCGGCCAUUGCUGCUCUAAAUAUUGACCAAAUUUCAUGUUUUUGGUAUCUUUGUAAAGAAGAAGAAUCAUUCUUUCAGGUCAUGUGUUUGGAUUUUUAAAAGAAUGUUGUAAUAUAGGAAAAACUUUUGAUCUAAAACAUGAAACAAAAUAUUUUUUUUCAUGCAACAAAAGUUGUUGUUUUCACACUUAAUUUCUGUUUGGGCACAAAUGAUUUUUAAAUCAUGAUAAAGCUGAAGAUCUAAGCUUUAAUAUGAUAUAAUUUUAAUAAGAAGAUGUAUUUUAGAUGGGUCAGCAGCCAGCUUUUCAUAGGCCAAGUACAUUUUGCAGCUCAAAAACAAGAAUACUGCGCUCUGAUUGGUCAUAGAGCCACACACCCACGCAAAUUCCAAUGUUCCCCACACUGGGCCUCUGCUAGUCUAGUUCUAGACGAUUUUAAACGAAUCUAUUUGCACCACGAUAUAAUACGUUCUAUUCCGUGCGUACGCCCAGCCGAGUGUGCGCGCAAAACCGAGUACAGGUUCUCGGUUUUGCGCGCACACUCGGCUGGGCGUACGCACGGAAUAGAACGUAUUAUAUCGUGGUGCAAAUAGAUUCGUUUAAAAUCGUCUAGAACUAGACUAGGCCUCUGCAAGGUCACACUCACCAUGUGGUAAUCUCUUCAAAUUACCCGCGCCUGUUUGUUUUGAAAACAGUAUUCAGCCAAUCAGAACUCUGGAUUUUAUGUUACUCAGAAAUUUCAGAAAUCUCGUCUUGCAUCUUGAUGGAUAAAGCUGGCUGCUGACCCAUCUAAAAGAUGCCACAUAUCAAGAGUGACAUUGUAAGAAAGUAUAGAGUUUGAGCUUUCUGAUGAUAUAAAUAAUGUUGGUGCCUAAAACACAAAAUGUUGCACAAUUUGCAAGUGAAAACAGAGGAAGAAAAUUAUGUUUGAUGCAUCUUUUCAGGUAAAAAAUUCACUUAUUUAUCAAAAUAUUUCAUUCAAAAGAAAUGACCAAUAUAAAAGAGUAACAUUUACUCUUGCCCAUGGUACAAAAAUAAUCAAUAUUACUCAAGGAGAAAGUGGUUAAAUUCUUUGAGAAAGAAAGUCUCACAAUUCACGAGAUUUUGCAGGGACAUGAAUUCAGCCACGAGAGGACUUGGAUAAAUCUUGCUCAUUUGCUCAUUAACACAGGGGCUUGCGGACUGACUGUAAUAGCGUAAAAAAAAGUAACGCGUGUCUUCUACAGUUACUGAACGCUUGUGGUGCGGACUAUUUUAGUGCAGGCUUGGUGCGGACCGAAAACUCAUGAAUUACUGAAAACUGUAAAGUGUACAAACUCUACAACUGAACAGAUUGUUCUUACAAAAAUCAUACAUCGAAAGCAAAAUCCCAGUGAAAAGGGACUAAAUGGCAAGGUUAAAUGAUGUAUUUCAAAAUAACCUAUUUUCUGUAUAAAGAAAUAAAUUUCAUUGAAAAUAUCGUGUUUCAUAUAACAUUUUUCUUCCAAAAAUUUUGUUCAGAUCUGACAACGUUCCUUGAAUUCGAUUGGCUGUGUAUAGGUAUAUAGAACUUGAUAUUGAUCAUGGGGGCAGAGCGUUCUAGAAAUACAGCAUAUGUUUUAUUGCAAUGAUACAUGUUUCAAUUUCUCCAUGUUUAUGAUGAUUUGUUAAUAGAGUUACAUGACAUUUUUCAAAUAGAUGGAAAUCUUCUCCUUCCAAACAAACGAUACUUUGAGAAAAUGCGACUUAAAUUAGCCAAAAAAAUUUUUUAUUCAUAUUAUACCUAUAUUACAUUUCUGUUUCACGCAAUAUUAUCAUUUAGCAAAAGGAUAGAUAACUGUUUUCAAUUGCAACGAUGUGUAGUUAAAAAUUCAAUUGAGCACUGAUUUAAUGCAUCAUGGACCUAACAUGAUUGCACUCCGAUUUAUAUGUAUAUAUUGUACAAAGCUAUUCGCCUGAAGAUUUAUAAUUAACACAUAACAACUCAACUAGCGAUUGUUCAGGCCUUUGUGGAUAAUGUGUUUGUGAUUAAUAAAGGGAUCGAAUUGAAACAUAAUAAGGAAAAUAAUCAAUACAUUCCUUCUCAGACUUUUUUUUCUUCUCUUUUGAAGGGGGUUUUAUUAGAGCGAUUCGUCUAUUUAUGAAGAUAUAUUUUACUCCACUCAUUGGGUCGUAUUGUACCUUGAUGCAUUUUUUUAUAUCACUUUUUAUGUUAAGCAAAUCAUAUGAAGGUAUCAACUGUUAUGUUUUUUUACCACAGCUUCUUGUUUAUAAUGAUUUAUGAAUAAAUAUUUGUUUUUACCAA